ACUGCUUGAAGGCAGGUUGGGUUGGUGGUCGAGAACUUGAGAUCCAGUCUCCUCACCGGCCGUUAGACGCUGAUUGAGAUGGUGCACAGUGCAUCCGGCGGCCUUACUUUCUGCCUGCAAGGUAUAUAAAGACUGGGGGUGUAGGACUUCCUCUUGUUUUGUCAAUGAACAUCGCCUACUCACUUAACGAACAACUCGAACAACUCGAACAACUCUGAAACCUUCCCAUACACACUACUACAAUGCGCUCUUCCAUCGUCUAUUUCUCUAUCCUCGCCUCUCUUGUGGCCUCUGCUAGUGCCCUCGAGAUUGCUCCUGCUCGACGAGGUGUUGCUAUCCUCUCUCGACGCAACGAUGUCGAUCAGGUCGGCGUUGACAGGCGCUCUGGUGUCGAUGUCGACAAAGUCGGCGUUGACAGGCGUUCCGGUGUUGACAAAGUCGAUGUUGACAGGCGCUCUGGCGUUGAUGUCGACAAAGUCGGCGUUGACAGGCGUUCCGGUGUUGACAAAGUCGGCGUUGACAAGCGCUCUGGCGUCGAUGUUGACAAAGUCGAUGUUGACAGGCGUUCCGGCGUCGAUGUUGACAAAGUCGGCGUUGACAGGCGUUCCGGUGUUGAUGUCGACAAAGUCGGCGUUGACAAGCGCUCUGGCGUCGAUGUUGACAAAGUCGAUGUUGACAGGCGCUCGGGUGUCGAUGUUGACAAAGUCGAUGUUGACAGGCGCUCUGGCGUCGAUGUCGACAAAGUCGGCGUUGACAGGCGUUCCGGUGUUGACAAAGUCGGUGUUGACAGGCGCUCUGGCGUCGAUGUUGACAAAGUCUUUGACAGGCGUUCCGGCGUCGAUGUUGACAAAGUCGGCGUUGACAAGCGCUCUGGCGUCGAUGUUGACAAAGUCUUUGACAGGCGUUCCGGUGUCGAUGUUGACAAAGUCUUUGACAGGCGUUCCGGCGUCGAUGUUGACAAAGUCGGCGUUGACAGGCGCUCUGGCGUCGAUGUUGACAAGGUCGGCGUUGACAAGCGUUCCGGCGUCGAUGUCGAUCAGGUCGGUGUUGACAGGCGCUCUGGCGUUGAUGUCGACAAAGUCGGCGUUGACAGGCGUUCCGGUGUUGAUGUCGACAAGGUCGGCGUAGACAGGCGCUCCGGUGUUGAUGUCGACAAGGUCGGCGUUGACAGGCGCUCGGGUGUUGAUGUCGACAAAGUCGGCGUUGACAGGCGUUCCGGUGUUGAUGUCGACAAGGUCGGCGUAGACAGGCGCUCCGUCGAUGAUACUACCUAUACUUCUAUGGCUACCCUCGAAUCCGCGUUCACCAAUCCCACUCCUUACCUGCCAACUAGCCCUCUGACUAUGUCUGCGGCUGCCCUCGAAUCCGCGCCAACUGGCCCUCUGACUAUUUCUGCGGCUACCCUCGAAUCCGCGGUAACUGGCCCUAUGACUAUUUCUGCGGCUACCCUCGAAUCCGCGAUCACCGAACCCUUUCCCUUUCCUUUCAUGCCAACCAACCCUCUGACUGUUUCGUUCACCAAUCCCACUCCCUCCCCGACCAACCCUCUGACUGCGUAACUGAGUGGUCUACCCUCAGCCCAAGCCCCGCGUGGAAACUUCUACUAGGCAGAAUUAACUGGUAGAAGUUACAGAAGGGCCUUUUUUGUCGCUUGCUGGAAUUGUCCGUAAUAUUCGUUGUGUAAUAAUGAAUGUCGAAUGAAUACUAUGUAAACGUAGUAA